UUAUAAUUUAGGAUUAUUUUUCUUUAUGUUAUUUCUCUUUCAUAUUUUGUUAGCGCAAUAUUCCCCUUUUAGAAAAUCUGAAUUGAAAGAGACCAGCAUAACUAGCGAGGUGUUUCUCGAAGCUAGAGCUUCUAGCUUUAAUUAAUGCCCUUUGCUAAACUCUCUGCUCAUUACACAUAGAUCACUAAGGGGGAUGAAGAAUACUUCAAGAUUUUGAGUUUUUUGUAUACCCUUUUGGUUUUGUUUGCUUCUUUGCAACUAGGAGCUAAGAUGGCUGAGGAUAUUUGUUUCUUCGCCAAGGAUAGUAUAAUCAUAAAACCUGCCAAGAAAUCUCCAGCAUUGUUAAGGAUGGUGGUUGUAGCGUUUACGCUGAUCUUUGGUAUUUAUAUCUGUUCAAUUUGUCUUAAACAAACUAGCUUGGAGAAUACAAGUAAAUACUUGAACAUUGAAGUCAUGGAAAAGCCUUGCCAUAACUAUGACAUGGAUCAAUCCCAAAUUCCAUAUGUGCAUUAUCCGAAGCCAAAAACUUUUAGCCGGGCUGAAUGUAGCUGUAACCCUGUUCGGCGCUUUGCCAUUCUCUCAAUGCAAAGGUCUGGGAGUGGAUGGUUUGAGACACUAUUGAAUAGUCAUAUGAACGUAAGCUCCAAUGGUGAAAUAUUCUCUGUCAAAUAUAGGAGAGAAAAUGCUUCUUCAAUCCUGAGGACAUUGGACACAGUUUAUAAUUUGGACUUCUUUACGAGUGCUUCCAAAAAUCACUGCUCAGCUGCAGUGGGCUUCAAGUGGAUGCUUAAUCAGGGGUUAAUAGAACAUUAUAAGGAAGUCGUUGAGUACUUCAAUAGGAAGGGUGUUUCCGUGAUAUUUCUCUUUAGAAAGAAUUUACUGCGACGUAUGGUUUCUGUUCUUUCAAAUUCCCAUGACCGAUAUGCCAAACUCUUGAAUGGAACACAUAAGUCUCAUGUGCACUCACAUGAAGAGGCUGGUACUCUUGCGAAGUAUAAACCAGAAAUCAAUACAACAUUGUUGAUCACAGAUUUGAAAAGAAUGGAGGUUUCUGCCACGGAGGCACUGGACCACUUCAAUAGCACUCGACAUAUGAUUCUGUAUUAUGAAGAUAUUGUCAGAAAUCAAGCUAAAUUGGUAGAUGUUCUUGAGUUUCUAAGAUUGCCUAAGAUGGAUCUAAGUAGCCGUCAAGUGAAGAUACAUAACGGGGCAUUGUGGAAGCAUAUCAAGAACUGGGAUGAUGUGAACAAGACCUUAAGUGGAACAGCUUAUGAGAAGUUCCUCCGAGCUUCCUGCUGCAUUUGCCUCUGAAGAUCAGUCGAAAUUCAGCAUAGUACCAAGUUUCACUCUCAUGUAUCUCUAGUGUUUUUUUCUCCCUAUUCUAUUCCACAUUGAAGUGUGCAUAGUGAAGUAGCUAAAGUUGGGCAGUGCCGAAGGCAAGUAAGUAGUCAUAAAUCAAUAUUUCUCUCUUUGUUCUUUUCCGUUUUGUAAUUUAAUAAAGUAGCUAGUGAGAUGUUAUUUUCUACUUGAAAUUGGUACUAAAUGAUUUUGAUUAAGGGUCCAACAAUAUCUUGUAACUCUUUUUGUGUUUGAUAAAUGUUCAAUUCUUUCAUGUUCCUAUUUG